AUGGACAACUUCAUGGAGAACCCUGCAUUUCAGCAGUUUAUGCAGGAACAAGUCAAGUUGCUCACUGCUAUAUCGAUGUCGAAGAAUCAAGAGGCUCCGCCUGCCACCGAUAGUACCGCUAUCAGCGCAGGAACCACCAAUAGAGUCAGUAACACCCCGGACGUUUCCCAUAGCCAAUCUCAGACUCUCUCCUCGCCACCAUCCAUGACCGGCAACAGAUCCACGAAGCACAACCAUGUGUCGCAGGACCCAUCAAGUUCAAGAGAUCGCAAUGGACACAUUGACAUGUAUUCAGGGGAUGAUCUCGACCAAGAAACCCCUCAAUGUCCAAGACCAAAAAAGAAAAACGCGCAGGUCGAGCAGCAGCAGCCGCGGGAUGAAAGCGAUGAAACUGUCCAACUUCAGUCGUCCUCUACUGCGGGAGAAAAGAAGAAAGCGCCGUAUAGUGACAGGAAGAAUCUAGCUUCACGUAUGAAGUUAACUGCCUCGGACAAGAAUACUCUUAACUGGUUGGUGCGGGAGCGUCGGGAGUAUUUGCAGAUGAUUUGCUUGCGACGCGGAAUAGUUCUAGAUAAGCCAUUCUCUACGUAUUCGGACACUGACAUGUUUAGACUCGUUCGGAAUGUUACGUCAGAGAUGCAACGAAGGUAUGGCCAGUGGUGGACUCAAGAACUAACCCGGGAUUUAUUACAUGCCAUUUGUCUUGAUAAAGUGUGCAACGAUAAGAAAGCGGAGCGACUUCGGUUAGAAAAAGAGGCUUUGCUUGCCGCUGCGAAUGGAACGGGUGAUACAGGUAAUGUAUCAACACCAGUUGCGAGUACAUCAAAGUUUAAGUUAGUUGCCACCCAUCGGGCCGCGAGGGCAGGAAAAGCCAAGGAGCCACCGGUGGAGGAACAAGAGGGUGAGGAGGAGGAUGAGGAGGAGGAGAAAGAAGAAGAGGAGGAGAAAGAAGAAGAGGAUGGAGAUGAGGAGGAGGAGGAGGAGGAGGAGGAGGAGGAGGAGGAGGAUGGUGAUGAUAAUGAUACCGCACCAAUGCUCCCUUCCCAUCUCAAUGGAAACAGGGGUUAUCCCUCCACCUCCAUGCACCCCCGAGACUCCAAUAGUCCAGCUUCAUCGGUGGUUUCACCCCUCGCAUAUAAAGGGCCUAAUAUGGCGGCCAUACGAUACAACUCCCAACUCGGGGACUGUCAGUUAUAUGCGAAUUUGGAGCCUGUGGUUCACAGAAGCAUGUUCCACAGCCAAAUCCCUUAUUCCCCCAUCCAGUUAGUGCCAGAAAUACAGAUAUCCCCACCGACUUACAUCCCUAUCCAUAUCGCUGGGCAUCCUCCGGUGUAUGUUGCAACAAAUAUGUCUUAUAAUGAGUUCGAACGACUUGUUGCCCCGCGCAUUGUAAUACCUGAUGAUAGGUUUCUACAAUAUCGUCCGAAAACUGGUGGGAAAUGGUUGAGCGUAGGAUACGAAGAGGCUUGGAUAAAGCUUGUAGCGACAUGUGGAGAGGCUGUAGCAGAGGCGAAAAUGGUUGGGGAAUCAUAUUUUAAUGAGGACGCGCCAGACUCGGAUGGCGAGGGGGUCUGCGGUACGGGUUACAUUGAUCCAGUUCUCUUGGAGGAAAACAGGCCCAGUGAAAUUCCGCGUAUACCGGUCGCCGUUGCACCCAAAUCUAAAAAGGUGGCGAAGAAAUCGGCGGUUGCUCGUUCCAGGAGUAAGAAACCCCCUAUCCAGGACAAAGGAAUGGCCUCUAAAAUCAAUACACAAUUCAGUGCGAACGUCGGUAGAAGUUUAAGUGGGAGGGAGAUUAAAAGGAGUAUGAAGGCCACACAAGCCCUGGAUGAAAAGGCCGAGAAGCAAGCAACUAACCACUACACGGCUGCCAGAAUAGACAUAAAGCGAAGAAAAGGGAACUUCGCACCUUGA